AUGGCUGAGACUUGCCCAUACCUGUACAGUUACACAACCACGCCCGAGGACUGCUGUGGUAUCCCGCAAAUAGCCUAUAAUGACUUUAUGCUGCACCCGAUUGAUGUGCGUACUGGCGACUCAUUGACUCUACAGGCACGUUUCUACAAUGCUACUGCGGCACCACCUGUGGUGCAUCCGGAUG